UCUAGCUAAUAGCCAAUGUCGCUAAUUACUAACUAUUUUCCUUUGCCUAGUGAAUCAUAACAAAAAACCCAUUCAUUGCUAUUUCAUGAAAGUUCGUUUUUAUAUUCAAAAGUAAAACAAGCGAUAGUACAAUAUUUUAAAUUCGGUAUCCAUGUUUAGUAUAAGUUUUUAUUUAACAGCACAAGUAAAAAUAAUCAAAAUCGCUUUCUGAUCUUAAAAGAUUUUUGAGUGGCAGAUUUAUGUAAAAUCAAAAUAAACUUCCAAUUUAUUGUCCUAACGAAAGGUGGUGCAAUAUUGCUAAUUGCUGCUUGCGCUAAUGGACCUCCCAGUUGUUGAUUAAAUGUGUCAUUACACAUUUAAUAAUUACCAAGGCCAUGAUUGUUUUGAUUAUUAAAGCGAAUUCAGAGUGCUAACUCGAUUAAGUUGUAAAACCUUUACACUGUGAAUAACAAUUCUAAGAAACGCUAUACCAAUUUUUAUUGCAUCGUUUAAAUGUUAAAAAAUACAAGAAGUUAUGGAGUGUCAUCAAAACAAUAACCAAGUUAGUUUCGGUAUUCACGAUAUACUGCAAAAUAAAAUAAAUACACAUGUUAAAGAGGAAUGUACAAACGAAGACUUUACUUUGAAAGUUGAAAAAGAAAAAUACAGACGAGAAGUGAUUGUUAAGGGACAAAACAAUAAUGUUGAGGAGAAUGAUGAUGAAGAAAACGAUGAAGAGUUAGAUAAUAAUGGCCAAGAAGAGCAAAAUAAUGAAGAGCAAAUUGUGAAUGACAAUAAUAAUAAUCACAAAAUUAAUAACUGCGAUAAUGAUAUAACCAGUAACGAAGAAUCAAAGGAUUUACAGAAAUCAAAUGAAAAGUUAAACGAUCUAUCAAGGAAAAAGAAAAGUCGGACUGUUUUCUCCAGGUAUCAAGUGGAACAUUUGGAGAACACAUUUAAAAUGAAACGUUAUCUAUCUUCAACAGAAAGAGGAACAAUUGCUGAGUCAUUAAGUUUGUCGGAGACACAGGUAAAAAUUUGGUUUCAAAAUCGUCGAAACAAAUGGAAAAGAAAGCUAGCCAUUGCAAUCGAGUUUCGAAACUUAUCAAAUUCCCACCAAACUUCAACAAUUCAACGGCCGCCAUCUUUUUCUGGCCUCGAACCACCAUCACCGUUAGGUCUCGCUGGCUUCUAUCGUGGAGAUGACAGUUUUAUAAAGAGUCCUUCUCUUUAUCAACAACAGUGGUCACCAUAUAGAACAUCUUUUGGAUUUGACUACCCCUCUACAUAUGCGUGGGAAACAUACCAAUACGGUCUGUCACAUCCGCCACCCCCGCUGCCACCGUCAGCAGGUGGAAUAACAGAUAAAACAAUGAGUUCGUAUGGUAAAUCAUUUUAUAUGUAGCUUAAAGAAGAGAGGGAAGCGGUUAAUAACUGAGGAGGUGGAUUCGGUCUAGCAAAAGAUGCUCUGGAUAAUCACCUUCUCGUUUGUAAUGUAGGGGCAGAACAGGACAAGUACUCAACGCUAUGACAUUUUGUUAUUUAAGCGCUCGAUGAUAAUUGACCAGACUGAGCGCUGAGUUGGGCGUCCUGCGUGCGAUUGAAAUUAACUUUCAAGGCAAGUUUUGCUUUUCUUCAUUGCCUUUACGUUCAAUCUCCAUUAGACGGCGCAACGUAGGAUCAACUGCAGUUGCACCCGAUUUUUCGAAUUGUCUGGUCGCAAUAAUUGUAAAAAAUUGUCAAUUUUAAGAAAAUAAUAAUAAUAAAUAUAAAAGAAAGGUUGAGCGAAGUUUAAGCGCAAGACGGCAAGUUGGAAUGCGCAAAUAAAAGGAACACCAGGGAAUUCGAAAAAUCAAGCCACAAUUACAAAGAUUACUGCGAUUCAAAUAUCGCCCCCAAUGACAAUCUUGCUUUGCAUAGCUACUGUAUUUUUUGUUGAUGGGUAUGUGUGUUUUGUUGCGAUUUUGUGAAAUAUUAAUUUAAAAUAAAACU